AUGUCAAGAAGAUACGAUUCUAGAACAACCAUUUUUUCACCAGAAGGUAGAUUGUACCAAGUUGAAUAUGCACAAGAAGCCAUUUCCAAUGCUGGUACAGCCAUAGGUAUUUUAUCCUCCGAAGGUGUAGUAUUAGCAUGUGAAAAGAAAGUGACUUCUAAAUUAUUGGAUGAUGAUGGAUCUGCUGAGAAAUUGUACAUUAUAAACGAUCAAAUGAUCUGUGCUGUUGCUGGUAUGACUGCAGACGCAUCAAUUCUUGUAAACAGUGCAAGAGUUAGAGCCCAACAAUACUUGAAAACAUAUAAUGAAGAAAUCCCUUGUGAGAUGUUGAUUAAUAGUGUGUGUGAUAUCAAACAAGGUUAUACUCAACAUGGUGGUUUGAGACCAUUUGGUGUCAGUUUCCUUUAUGCAGGUUAUGAUGACAGAUAUCAAUUCCAAUUAUUCACUUCUAAUCCUUCUGGUAAUUACAGCGGUUGGAAGGCAACCAGUAUUGGUGCCAAUAAUUCUGCUGCGCAAACCUUAUUGAAGAAGGACUACAAGGACGAUAUGACUUUGAAGGAUGCAUGUGAAUUGGCUAUCAAGGUUUUAUCUAAAACAAUGGAUGCUUCAAAUAUUAAUAGUGAAAAAUUAGAAUUUGCUACUUUGAGUUUGGGCAAAAAUGGAAAAGUUUUACACAAGAUUUGGAACGACAAGGAUAUUGAUAUUCUAAUUAAGGCAUCUGGUGUAUUGAACGAAAAGAAUACUGAUGAUGAGUAG